AAAACUAUAGAUGUUAUACAAUUUAAUACUGGUAUAUAUAAAGUAAUAAAACUGAUUAUUGUAUUAGUAAAAAUAAAUCUUCAAGAUGAUGAAAUCAAACAAAAUUGACAAAUGCGAUAUUAAGCUGUGUGAUGGUCGAAUGGUAUUUUAUCCAGGAGAAGACAUAGAGGGUUCAGUAGAUAUUGUGAUGAAUCGAUCAAUGGAUAUGGACAGCAUUGAAAUUAUCUGUACAGGUAAAAGUAAGGUGGAGUGGGAAAAAACUGUGGUUGAUGAAGAAGGUGAAAGACAUGUUGAAGAAUAUGAGAGUAAGGAGAAAAUAUGUGAAAUCAAGAAAAAAAUAUUUGGUGAAGGUAAAAAAGAAAAGCUGGAAGAAGGCUCUCACAGCUUCCCUUUUUCAUUCAAGUUACCAGAAAAACUGCAAACUUCUUAUGAGGGUAUCCAUGGUCACAUAAGAUAUGUAUUAAAAAUGAAAAUCAAAAAGUCAUGGAAAAAAGAUUUGAAGUUAAAACGAAUGUUUGUCAUAAAUGAGAUCAUUGACAGCAACAAAGACAUCUAUCGAGGAGGACCUGGUGAUAAUGAUGAAAAAACUCUGGGUUGCUUGUGUUGUGCAUCAGGACCUUUAGUGUUGUCGGCCAACUUGGAUCGAUCUGCUUAUUGUCCAGGCGAAUCGAUACUCAUCAAAGCUUCUGUUGCCAAUAACACAAGUCGUGAAAUGGAUGGCUUAAGUGCGAAACUAAUCCAAAAAGUUGAAUUUAACGCUAAACGCAAGGAAGGUGCUGGUAAGGAUGAACGAGAUAUCGAACAUACCGUUGCUAAAAUUUCUUCUGGUGAUAUCAAAGAGGGUGGUGUUUUGAACUGGGAAAGCGAGCCGUUACAUGUGCCUCCACUUGUUCCCACCUUGCAAAACAGUAAGUUCAUAAAAAUCAAAUACUGGGUUGAAAUUCAUCUUGAUGUACCAAUGGGAAUUGAUAUGGAGUUUAAACUACCUGUUGUCAUCGCAACAGUACCAUAUAUUACGUCGUAUGGUAACCCUCCUCCUGAAUCAUCAUUGAAGCAAAGUAAAGUUGAAGCGAAACCAAGCAAAGUUGGACCAGCUCCUAUGGAAUUUCUUGGCCACCCGGACAUGAUCCCGCCGUUAUACUCGGAGAUACCAGACCAAAAACCGGUCAAGCUAAACAAGAAGGAUGAAAAACCUAAAGAUAAAGAUUACCAACAUGACAAAUACGUUCCAAUAUAUACGUACGCUGUGCCUAGCAAGAAACCUGCGACACCGACGGCAUUACCAGAUGAGCCAGAACGUGCUCCCACUCCACAAGAAGCGGCUGUUGAUAGCGUCAUGCCGCCGAUAGAAUGAACAUUUCGUUUAAUACGGCAAGUAAUUUUAUCCCCUUUUUUGUUGUACUUUUUACCUGCUACCCUCUAGUGCUUAAUAGACGCCAGCCGCUGCUAAAUAUUUUUUUUAUUAUCAAACAAAAUUGGAGUGUCCCAUAGUGAAUUAUCUACAUCUUUGAAACUUUAUGUUCUCAAAUUCUCAGUGAUUUUUGAGAAGUUCUGUUCUUCACCCAAUAAAACCUACUUUAACGAGGGUAUUUUUUAACAUUAUAAUUAUUAGUUAUUUAUGUAUUUGUUUUUACUAAUCCAGAAUUUUUAAUAACUUUUUUGACGAACAAAUUUUUUUUUCCAAGAGAAUCAUUUGUGUUUCGCAUUGAAUCUGAUAGGUGGAAGAAUUGGACCUUUUUAUUUUUCCUUAACACAACGACAUACCGGCAUGCAUUGCAUUGUGUACAGAAAUGACAUACCGGUAUGCAUUGUUGUGCACGCUAACGCUUGCCUCGUUUGCAUGUUUUGAAGAGUUAAGGGCAUUAAAACUUGUACAUAUUUUUUACAUGUUUUUACAGUGUGUAUUUACAGAGUGUUUUAACAACAGGUUAAUAAAUGAUCUUCCUCCAAGCAAAAUGUUUCAUCCGUAGAAUAAAAAAUAACAGAAAUUGUUGACUGUUAUGACAUCAGAUUUUAAACUGACUUAGAGUUCUGCUUGCCAACCAAAUAGGAAAUUCCUGCAUAAAACAUUUUGCUUGGUGGAUAGAAGUUUUGCAGGUAUUUUAAAUAUAAUAUAUAGUUCUUUGUAAGGUGUCAGAGAAAUAAAUUUUUUUUUUGCUAUAUUUAUUUUUUUCAUUUUUUCGCAAACGAGGUAAAAUUAAACGCAGACCUAUAGAACAAAAGCAUUUUGAAUUUUGCGAAUGUUAAUUUUACGCCAAGUGGAUUAAAAUGCUGAUUCGCGAAAUUAAUUUUGCUAAAAAAAAUCGUGAAAUCUCUGGAAUGUUUUAAAAGCUGGCUAAAUCCUCCCUAAGUAUGGUCCAACGCACUAAUUAUGUAUGGUGAAAAAAAUAUUAAUAUAUUGUAUAUAAAUUACGACGAACUAAAAUAUACGCAUUAUUUUGUGGCUUGUAUUUUAGGACUGGUGCAUUAAAAUAAAUUUUAUAUGGAAGUAAAAAA